AUGGGUAGAGCUACUUCUUCUAGAGCUGGUAAGCAAAGACACGAUCCGUUGUUAAAAGAUAUUGAUUCUGCAGAAGGUAUCUUGAAUAGUCGUCAAAAGAAGAAAGGGAAGAAGGGUGCACGCAAAGAUGGUGUGGAUGAUGGAGAUGAUGAGAAUGGAGAAGGGGAAGCUUUUAUUGAUGCUAGAGCCUCGAGGAAGAUUUUACAGCUUGCUAAGGAACAACAAGAUGAGAUCAAGGAAGAAGAAGGUGUUGUCGCUAGAGAUGCUGCUAAUGCAAAAGCUAGGUUCAAACAUUUGAAUUACGCUGACGACGACGAUGAUGAGGAUGAGGAGGACUAUAACAAUGAAGAUAUAUCCGACUUCGAGCCAGAAGAUUACGACGGUGCAGAGGGUGCAGACGAAGAAGAAGUGAUCGAGAUCGAUGAAGAAGACGCUGCAAUGUUUGAGCAAUAUUUCAAGAAAUCUGAGGACUUUACCUCCGAUGGUGGUGCUUACAAUUUAGCAGACAAGAUCAUGGCCUCUAUCAGGCAAAAAGAAGAGCAAGUGGACUUUCAAAAAGGAUCUGAACAAGAUUCUGGUUUCGAGAACAGAAAUGUUUCCGGUUUGAGAAGUGGAGAAGGUGUUGCAUUACCAGAAAAGGUUAUUAGAGCUUACACCACUAUUGGUACGAUUUUGAGGACUUGGACCCACGGUAAGCUGCCAAAACUAUUCAAGGUUAUUCCAUCAUUGAGAAACUGGCAAGAUGUGCUGUAUGUGACAAAUCCGGACGAAUGGUCCCCUCAUGUGGUAUAUGAAGCAACAAAACUAUUUGUUUCCAAUAUGCAAGCUAAAGAAGCUCAAAAAUUUAUCAAUAUCAUCCUAUUGGAAAGAUUCCGUACAAACAUCGAAGACUCAGAAGAUCAUAGUUUGAACUAUCAUGUCUACCGUGCUAUUAAGAAAUCUUUAUAUAAACCAAGUGCAUUUUUUAAAGGGUUCCUAUUCCCACUCGUAGAAGGUGGUUGUAAUAUCCGUGAAGCCACCAUUGCUGGUAGUGUUUUGGCCAAAAUCUCUAUACCAGCGUUACACUCAUCCGCUGCAUUAAGUUAUUUGUUGAAAUUACCAUUCUCGCCAGCUACCACAGUGUUUAUUAAAGUUUUACUGGAGAAGAAAUACGCUUUACCAUACCAAACUGUAGAUGAAUGUGUUUACUACUUCAUGAGAUUUAGAAUAUUAGAUGAUGGAAGUAAUGGGGAAGAUGCAAUAAGAACAUUGCCAGUUGUAUGGCACAAGGCCUUUUUAUUGUUUGCCCAACGUUAUAAGAAUGAUAUCACUGAAGAUCAAAGAGAUUUCCUAAUGGAAACUAUUCGUCAAAGAGGUCACAAAGAAAUAGGACCUGAAAUCAGAAGGGAAUUGCUUGCUGGACACUCCAGAGAAUUCGUAACAGAACCAACUAACGAUGAUCUGAUGAUUGACGUCAAUUAG